AUGGCCGAGGACACCGAGGGGUUCCCCUCCCUGGAUUGCGUCAUCUGCUUUGCCCCCUACGAUCGUCUCUUCAAGGUGCCCAAGGUGUUGGGGUGCGGUCACACCUUCUGCCUCGAAUGCCUGGCCAGGGUCACCGUGGUGGCCCCUGCCGCCCCCACCUUGCUCUGCCCCAUCUGCCGCCGCCCCACGGUGUUGCCCCGCUGCCGUGGACCCCCAGCUUUGCCCACCCAUGCUGAUCUCCUGGCUCUCCUACCCCCUGGCCCCACUGGCUCCGUCCGCUUCAGCCGUCCUAAGGGGCUGCUCUACGUCCCCCCCGGGCACCCCAAACCCAUCGACCAGGUCCCCACUGUGACCCUCAGCCUGGAAUUGGGGCGACCUGAGCCCCCCGCUCCCCCCAACCGGGGUUGGCCCUGGAUCUCUGGCCGGUGGUCUCUGUACCGAGCGGUGGCUUUGAUGGUGGCCUUGGUGGUGGGAGGGGGUUUGGUGCUCUGCGGAGUCUUCCUCUUCUUCCUCCAGCCCGUGGCAUGCAGUGAGGGAGGGCUGGUGACAAACAGCACCUGGGGAGAGCUGGGCUGUCCCCCAUAUUAA